CUCCUAAACUAAUUUCUCGAGGUACGAAUCUUACACGCCGCUGUUCUCUUUGUAAACAAUUCCCGUGAUGGUUCACGUUUGUCGCCUUCACAACGCCGGCCGAUGAAGAGCACCAACUGAAUCAUCAUGGGCAACGACACAUACACGUCCGUCCCGCUGGACGACGGCCCUGAAAGCUACGUGCCUGGCGAGGCUGUGAAACGGCAGAGGUCACAACGGUUGGAGAAGGCGAUGCGAGUGGCAUUCUUGUCCCUUCUGACGGUUGUGGUAUUUUUACUUGGCUUCACGGCUGGAGAUCGGUACGGGCAGACGGUCAAGGCAGUUGUGUCAGCCGGUGCCAGCAAAGAGGCAGCAGUGGCGGGCGGCGACAGCAACAAUGGAACGCUAUUACCACCACAGGCAUUUGUCCCGGACUUCCCUCCUGUGAAGGAGGUUAAAUUCGACUUCCCCACUGACUACGAAGACACGAGUGUCGAAGGGGAUAAGCUAUGGGAUGAUCUGAUGCCUAUCGGAUCUGGCUUUAUCCGCGUCCCAUAUCCAAGACGGUUUGAGAUGCCUGCAAGCAAGGCCAUCGAAGAUGACCCCGAAGAGGCCGAGAUCUACUCACUCUCAGCAUUGCAUCAGCUUCAUUGCCUGGGCGUCAUCAGGGACGUGGUCAAGAAGUACGAGAAGCAUGAUAAGUCGCGCUUCGCCGGAGCGGGGCACGAGUAUCACUGCAUCGACUACAUCCGACAGUCUAUAAUGUGCUCAGCAGACACGACGCUUGACUUUGCAGAGCUGCAGCCAGAUGGGAGGAGAAAGGGUUUCUCUGGGGCCAACUCGACUCAUCAGUGCCGCGACUGGGAUGCUGUAACCGCAUGGGCUGUUGAGAAUCGUGCUGGCGACAAGUCAGGGAUCGCAUGAUGAUAUAGAUGAAGUCUUGUGUUUGGAAGCGAAAUUCA